CCCCUCACACUCCCACUCACCCCCGCUCCUCCGUCGAAGCUGCUCUCGGCCCGGGCUUGUUCCUCCCGCUCCCGGACUCCGCUUGCCGCCCCUCUCGGGCAACGAGGGAGCCCCACCGAGACCAUGAGGAAAUUCAACAUCAGGAAGGUGCUGGACGGCCUGACGGCCGGCUCGUCCUCGGCCUCGCAGCAGCAGCAGCCGCAGCAGCAUCCGUCUGGGAACCGGGAGCCGGAGAUCCAGGAAACGCUCCAGUCCGAGCACUUUCAGCUCUGCAAGACUGUUCGCCAUGGAUUUCCCUAUCAACCCUCAGCCCUGGCCUUUGAUCCUGUACAGAAGAUCCUGGCAGUCGGAACUCAGACUGGUGCUUUAAGGCUCUUUGGUCGCCCAGGAGUAGAAUGUUAUUGCCAACAUGACAGUGGAGCCGCAGUAAUUCAGCUCCAGUUCCUGAUUAAUGAGGGAGCUCUUGUGAGUGCCUUGGCUGAUGACACCUUACAUUUAUGGAAUUUACGUCAAAAGAGACCUGCCAUACUUCAUUCACUUAAAUUUUGUAGAGAAAGGGUUACAUUUUGCCAUUUGCCUUUCCAGAGUAAGUGGCUCUAUGUGGGCACUGAACGAGGUAAUAUACAUAUUGUCAAUGUGGAGUCCUUCACACUCUCAGGCUAUGUCAUUAUGUGGAAUAAAGCCAUUGAACUGUCAUCUAAAUCUCAUCCAGGACCUGUUGUCCAUAUAAGUGAUAAUCCAAUGGAUGAAGGAAAGCUUUUGAUUGGCUUUGAAUCUGGAACAGUAGUGCUAUGGGACCUCAAAUCAAAGAAAGCUGACUACAGAUACACAUACGAUGAGGCUAUCCACUCUGUGGCUUGGCAUCAUGAAGGAAAACAAUUUAUUUGUAGUCAUUCAGAUGGCACCUUGACUAUAUGGAAUGUGAGGUCCCCUGCUAAACCUGUACAGACAAUCACUCCACAUGGAAAACAGUUAAAGGAUGGGAAGAAGCCAGAACCAUGCAAACCUAUCCUCAAGGUGGAAUUCAAAACGACUAGAUCUGGGGAACCUUUUAUUAUUUUAUCAGGAGGUUUGUCAUAUGAUACUGUAGGAAGAAGACCUUGCUUGACAGUUAUGCAUGGGAAAAGUACUGCUGUGCUAGAAAUGGACUAUUCCAUUGUUGAUUUCCUAACAUUAUGUGAAACACCGUACCCAAAUGAUUUUCAAGAACCAUAUGCUGUGGUGGUUCUUCUAGAAAAGGAUUUAGUACUUAUAGACCUUGCACAAAAUGGAUAUCCUAUAUUUGAAAAUCCCUACCCUUUGAGUAUACAUGAAUCCCCUGUUACCUGUUGCGAGUAUUUUGCUGAUUGUCCUGUGGACCUUAUUCCUGCACUUUAUUCUGUUGGAGCGAGACAGAAACGUCAAGGUUACAGCAAAAAGGAAUGGCCCAUCAAUGGAGGUAAUUGGGGUUUGGGUGCUCAAAGUUACCCAGAAAUAAUUAUUACAGGGCAUGCUGAUGGGUCCGUUAAGUUCUGGGAUGCUUCUGCAAUAACUCUUCAAGUAUUGUAUAAACUAAAAACAGCUAAAGUAUUUGAAAAGUCAAGAAGUAAAGAUGACAAGCCAAACACAGACAUUGUAGAUGAAGAUCCGUAUGCCAUUCAGAUCAUCUCCUGGUGUCCAGAAAGUAGGAUGCUAUGCAUAGCUGGAGUGUCGGCUCAUGUCAUUAUUUAUAGAUUCAGCAAACAAGAAGUUAUUACAGAAGUCAUUCCGAUGCUUGAAGUUCGAUUGUUAUAUGAGAUAAACGACGUGGAAUCCCCAGAGGGUGACCAGGCACCGCCUCUGCCAACACCAGUGGGGGGCGCCAACCCUCAGCCCAUCCCUCCUCAGUCUCAUCCUUCCACCAGUAGCAGCUCCUCUGAUGGCCUUCGGGAUAAUGUUCCUUGUUUAAAAGUUAAAAAUUCACCACUUAAACAGUCUCCAGGUUAUCAGACAGAACUUGUUAUUCAGUUGGUAUGGGUAGGUGGAGAACCACCACAACAAAUAACCAGUUUGGCAGUCAACUCUUCUUAUGGACUGGUAGUUUUUGGCAAUUGUAAUGGCAUUGCGAUGGUUGACUACCUCCAGAAAGCAGUACUCCUCAACCUGGGCACUAUUGAAUUAUAUGGCUCCAAUGAUCCUUAUCGGAGAGAACCCCGGUCUCCUCGUAAAUCUCGACAACCUUCUGGAGCAGGUCUGUGUGAUAUUAGUGAAGGGACUGUAGUCCCAGAGGACCGCUGCAAAUCUCCAACUUCCGGUUCUUCAUCACCACAUAAUUCAGAUGAUGAGCAAAAAAUGAAUAACUUUAUAGAAAAGGUGAAGACCAAAAGCAGAAAGUUUUCCAAGAUGGUAGCCAGUGAUAUAGCAAAGAUGUCAAGGAAGUUAAGCUUGCCUACUGACCUAAAGCCUGACUUAGAUGUAAAAGAUAAUUCCUUCAGCCGAUCCCGGAGUUCAAGUGUAACCAGCAUUGAUAAAGAAACUCGAGAAGCAAUUUCUGCUCUUCAUUUUUGUGAAACCUUUACGCGAAAGGCAGAUUCAUCUCCUUCCCCGUGUUUGUGGGUUGGCACCACGUUAGGAACAGUGCUUGUCAUUGCAUUGAACCUUCCCCCAGGAGGAGAGCAAAGACUUCUACAGCCAGUAAUCGUGUCUCCAAGUGGUACUAUAUUGAGGUUAAAAGGGGCAAUCCUGAGAAUGGCAUUCCUGGACACCACAGGCUGCUUAUUGCCACCUGCCUAUGAAUCCUGGAGAGAACACAAUGUUCCUGAAGAAAAAGAUGAAAAGGAGAAAUUGAAGAAAAGACGGCCGGUCUCUGUAUCUCCUUCCUCUUCUCAGGAAAUUAGUGAAAACCAGUAUGCAGUGAUAUGUUCUGAAAAGCAAGCAAAAGUAAUCUCACUGCCAACUCAGAACUGCGCUUAUAAGCAAAACAUUACGGAGACCUCAUUUGUUCUUCGUGGAGAUAUCGUAGCGUUGAAUAACAGUAUCUGCCUUGCUUGUUUCUGUGCCAACGGUCACAUUAUGACUUUUAGUUUGCCAAGUUUAAGACCUCUAUUGGAUGUGUAUUACUUGCCCCUCACAAACAUGCGGAUAGCGAGAACGUUCUGCUUCACCAACAAUGGGCAGGCACUGUAUCUUGUUUCACCUACUGAAAUCCAGAGACUCACUUACAGCCAAGAGACCUGUGAAAAUCUUCAGGAAAUGUUGGGUGAACUCUUCACUCCUGUAGAAACACCUGAAGCACCAAACCGGGGAUUCUUUAAAGGCUUAUUCGGAGGUGGUGCACAAUCUCUUGAUAGAGAAGAACUGUUUGGAGAAUCUUCCUCAGGAAAGGCUUCAAGGAGUCUUGCACAGCACAUCCCUGGCCCUGGCGGCAUCGAAGGUGUGAAAGGCGCAGCGUCUGGCGUCGUCGGUGAACUAGCACGAGCCAGGCUGGCACUGGAUGAAAGAGGGCAGAAACUGGGGGACCUGGAAGAAAGGACCGCAGCUAUGUUGUCCAGCGCAGACUCGUUUUCUAAACACGCUCAUGAGAUGAUGUUGAAAUACAAAGAUAAGAAGUGGUACCAGUUUUGACCCCUAGAAAUCCAACUCCAUCCAAAUUCCGCCAAAAGGAAAAAGAAUUUUCCUUUUUUAUUUCAUUGAUUUUACUUUAGGAAAGUUAACAUUGAAGGAUAUUCAUCACUGGAUGCUGUUCUUUCCUAGCACAAUCAUGCACUGUUUUACCUCAGUCAUGUGGCUUUAACUGAGGAGUGUUCACACACGCUCACCAUAUGGUGUGUGCCAGCUAUGAAAUGACAGUUUGGAGACCAAGCAGGUCACACUUUACAGACGAAGAAACAAAGCGGGACGUUGAGACAUGGCAGGGACUAUUCUGGAUCAGCCCUGUGUUAAACUUUCAUAUGCCAAAAGAUUUGUGCUGUGCGUCUGCUGCCAUCAGUGUUUGACCUCUGAGGGAGAGGCUGUAAGUUAGAAGUCGUGCAGCUCGAAUAGUUAUGUGUGUCUCACUGACUGAAUUACGAACAGCUGUCUUGGACUUUCCCUACCUUACACUGACUGGUCAUCAGUAUCCUUAGUAAAAAGAAACAAACUGUUUGUUACCAUAUCUUUAGACAGAUAAGCUGAAUGGUGGGCUUUAAAUAAUAAAAACAUACACAUUAGUUGACUUGUGUAUGGGCUACUCUUGGAUUCUUGUUAUUGUAUACUUGUGUUUAGUCCAUAUUUUGUCAAAAGCAAAACAAGGUGAUACAUCACUUUUCAUUGAAAAGAAAAGUGUAGAGCAUGACUGAACUGCUCAUCAUUCUGGGAGUUUCCAUGUAGUGGCUAUGCAGUGUGGGAAGUGAGAAAAACCUCCAUUGUGGUGAGGAGAAUACUUCAAUGUCCCUUGUCCUUGUUCUCAUUAAUUCAGCUGAAGGUGGAUUUGACCAAAAUAGUUACUGGUUAAAUUUGUAGAAAUGUUGAAAUUGGCUAAGUUUUUAAUUUUGCUUGAGUUUUUAUAAAAUGUUUAAUCAAAUGUACCUUUGCAUUAUUUAAUUAAAAUUGCUUAAAAAUUGUUUAUUUCAGUAAAGUGCUCAGCUCCCUUUUUAAUAUGCCCUUGAUUUGCUAACAGUUCCAGUACACAGUACACUCAGGUGAUGAGCCAAUUCAAUCGUAGCGCACAUGCUGUCGCAUGGAGAAUUACAAGCAUCUCGUCAACCAUUUAUCUGUACAAGAGUCUAGUCUGAUGACCUACAAACUAUUUUCUGUAGAAAUAUACUAUACAUCUGUACAUGUCCUUUCAAGGUUUUAAGAAGCCAAAGGAAAGGAAAAUAUGUGCAUUUUUGUAACUAAAUUAUUUCUGUAUUGGAAUAUAAUGCAAACGAGACCAUCAGAGGACAAUAAAUGAUUGGUUCCUAAAACAGCAUUGCAGACAGGAAAGAGACAACUCGGCAGACCUUGGAAAUAAGUGAUCUCGUAACAGGCAUCUGAGGUUAUUAUUGAUUGUUAGUAAAACAACAGAGGAAGAGCAAAAUAGAAGCAUUACACUUAAUGAAAUUCAAAUAUUUUCUUCUAUAAAACGUUGAAAACCGUUCUCUUUUUUUCAUUGAGAUAAUUAGAGCACAACUUGAUAGCAAACACAGUGGUUGUUUUUCUAUUCCAUGUGAUCAUUAAAGGUAUAUACAUGUAGAACCCCUUAAUUUCAUGCAGUCUGUUAUGCAUCUUCUUUUACUCUUUUCAUUAAUGAAGCCUUUUUGUUUACAUUUUAUAACAUGCACUACGGGCAACAAAAGUUUACAUUAAAAUUUUCUUUAAUAUCAUUAGAGAGGGACUAAAUAUAUGUGGUAGAGAUCAUCGAUAAAGCCAAAAGAAAUAUUUUAAAAAUACAGUACUUUUCAAAAGUUUUUGAAUUUGUAGAAAGUCUCUAUUAAUAGCAUAUUGUGUUUCAUUAAUGUCAGUCGUAUGAUGAAUAUUCAGCCGUUUACAAAUGGCUUAAUUUGUAUUGUAUAUUAUCUAACAAACCCAUUGUUCCAUAUGUCACAGGAAGUAUUAGGCCCUUUUUUUAAAGGUAUAGUUACAGGUUUGAAGUUGAGAAGCACUAAAUAAAGUAAUAUAUUGGUUAAUUACCCAUUCAUGUGGAAAGACAGAUUAGCUGUAAUUAAUUAAUUUGCUGUGUUGUGUUAAUUGUAUAGCCAUGUCAUUUUUACUGUCAUUUUUCCUGUUGUAUAUAAAAUGAACCAAUCUUGUAAUUAUUUUCAAAUAGAGAAGUAGAUACGUUUACCUGAGAUGGAUUUUAUAAGAAAAUUUUAAAUCAGUAUUUUGGGUUAUUUUAUUUCAUUUUUAAAUUAAUCUACAAAUUAUGCACAGCACACUAGAAACUUAGGAUUAGAAAGCUUGAAGUAUUUUUGAAAAUAGGAAAUAAACUUCUCGAAGUUAUACUUGAUUCAGUCUGUAGAUAAGAGACAGUCUGCAGGAAUAACUAACCCAGGGAAUUUAUUGUAAUUUGAGAGAUAACAUCUCUAUAUUUUUCUUUUUAAAUGCAGAAAUAGUCACCAGCAGGCCAAGAUUUCAGGAAAACAAACCAAAAAAAGUCAAAAUAGAAAAUAUUAGAAAAAUGAAAGAUUACGUGUGCUUCCUCGCAUUUGUCCUUGGCUCUAAAAUCAUUGAAGUAUUCGUUGAUUAGCAGUUUGUGAAUAGGAAGUGGUUUCCUUAUGUGUAUCAUAUAUCCAGUUCAUUUCACUCUUCAGACUGAAAUCCGUAUGUAUUUGCUUAGAAAGUUAAUUGAAAUCUUAUAUUCUGACAGAUUCUGUAUAUUAUAGCCAUUUGAAGUUUUGCAUCAUCUUAAUCCCCUUGGUUUGCAUUUCAAUUGUACAAAGUGUUUCCAAAAAUGGUUAUGGAUAUAAAACUGAGCUAUUGCUAACUUAAUUUGACUUUUAUAUGGAUGUGAAAAAAUGCUGCUACUUGUCUAUGUUAUGUGUAGUAUAUUAGUUUAAUUCAGUACAGUACUUUAAAGAAAGAAGCAUUUCUUUUGCUUAGAACUUCUUAAUUGUAGGUACCACUGAAGUUAUUUCAUGUAGAUAUUGUGAGUGUUUUAAACAAGUCUGAAAGUGUUACAUACUUUUAGGUUACAAGGGGUGGUGGGGAGACAGCUGAGGAAAAGGAGAACCGUGUGGAAGACACCACGGAGUUCAAAAGUUUUACCCUGAGUUCUAUAUUCUAUAUACGUUUUGCUUAAGGCAUUUUCUCAUGAGACAUUAGAAAAGCUAUAUCCAAAGGUAAAUUUUUUGUGGCAAAGAUUUAUUUUACAUUUUAACUUUUGGGAUUUUGUUUAUUUGGUUUUUCAAAAUAAAGAGCACUGAACUUUAAACUUGAAUUUUUUCUGUACUUUUUUAGGUAAUGAAAACUUUUUAUCAUCAUUUAAUCCACAUUUCUCAGUUCAAACCAAGUGAUACGUAUGUAUAAAGCAUACCAAAAUCAUGAAUAUGCUGCUAGCUGCACCUUAAACAAUCAAACUGAUCAUAGUUUUAAAACCUUUAAUAGGUUUUUAUAUAGUUUUCAAGCAUAAAAUGUAGUAAAAUCAUUUGCUGUAUGUUUCAGUGUUCUAGGUUUUAAAUUUCUGCAACACUUUCAGAUUUGUUUUGAGAUCAUACGGUAACAUGUUAUAUUUAUACAUACUGCUAGAGAAUAUACUUUUAGUUUUAAAAUGGAAUUUUUAUAAAUGUACUCUUUAAUUUUCAAAAUGGUGAACUUGUUAAGUCAAAGUACUUAAAAAGUAUGUAUAUUAUCCAUACAAGAAGUUAUGUUUUACGCUUAUAAUAAGAAAUACUGGUAUCUCAUAUCGAGAUACAAUUAAUUUUAAAGUAUCAUAACAUCAUUCAGAGGUCUUCACACGUGACAGGAAAGAUUACGAUGGUUUUAAAACCCUCUAUUGAGCAUUUUCAAAUAUUAAUUUUAUUUUGGGGAAAAUACCCACAACAAUCACUGCAAAAUCUUUCUCAAUAGCUGCAGCUUGCUGUUGGAUGCCUACCUUACCUAUUGUUUUAAAAUAUAUAUAUUUAAAAUAGUUUUCCAGGUAUUUUCUUCUACCUUUUUUAAAAAUAAAUUUCCAAAAAUGAAAACAGAGUUUAUGUAUUUUUGUCAAUGAAGGUUUUUAUUUUGUAGUUUAUAGAAUUUGUUCCUUAUCAGUUUGAUACUUAAUCAAUAUUCCUAGAAUUUUUAAUCUGUAUUUAGUUUGAAAAAGAGCGCUCCUCUAUCUUAUGUGUCCUUUUUUAUUUUUUUUCCUUUUCCCAUUUAGGGUCUUUGUUCUCUUGGAUUGAAAUUAAUGCCCAUAAUUAUUUUUAAUUUAAGUAUGAAUGUGAAGAUACUAUUUACAGCUUUCGUUGAUUAUAUGUUUCAGAAAUCACUCUGACCAAUUUCUUGUAAAGUGCUAUGGGGAUUAUUUUUCCUGUGAAUAGUAAUGAUCUUACUACUGCCACAGACAUUUUAAAGAUUCCAUGGGCAGAAAAUAGUUGUAACAACAACAAAAAUUGAAGGGAAAGCUUUAGCUUACCUUUCUCAGCUGAAUUAAAUGGUUUUAAUAACUUCCCAGUUAUCAGGGUUAUAACAUUGCUUUCUUCAGUUAUUCAUACAGUUUAAAAUUAGCAGACAAUCCACUUACAAGUUGAAUACAGUAGUCUAGGGCUACAUUUAAUUGCUCUUUUUAUUAUACUCUUUACAUCAGAAAAAUCAUGAAUGUCAGUUUUGCCAGUAUUUUAUGAUGAGGCUCAUAGUUGAAGCUAAAAUUUUAUAAUGUGCAAGAUGUAAAUAAAUCAGUAUUGUAGAUUCUGCUCAGGCAUUUACAAUGGAUAUAGGCUAAUGGCAAUGGAAUCCUAUUUAUUUGGAAGUUUCACUUUUUUAAACACUUUUGCUGUGUGUUUUGUGUUGUUUAAACUUUGCUUCAACUGAAGAUAAUUAAGGAGUUGACAACAGAUUCAAUAGGAAACAAAAGAGGGUAAACCAUGUUUUUAAUUUUUUAAUUACCUUUUUUGUAAAUAAAUGGUACUGUGAUACUUUAGGUGUGACCUCUGUUUAACAUGGUAGUUAGAACCAGAAAAACAUUUUGCUUUCUAGUUAUACUAUUGGUUCAUUGUAAAUGCAUCACCAAAAACAAUAUUAAAAAGAGCAAGAUUCAGUUUUCCUCUCAUGCAGGGGCAAAGCAUGCUUGGUAUAGAGCUCUAGCUUGUGCAUACCUUAAGCUGUACGUGCAGAUAGUGUUCCGUUGCCGCACUUUAUUUAUAUAUUUAUAUAUAUGUGUGUGUGUAUACACACAC